AUGUCUGUGCCCAGGUCUUCGACUAGCGUGCUGCGUUCUGUGCCCGCCCAGCUGCGGGCGUCGCGCACGUUCUCUACCUCGAGCCCCGCCUCGGUCCCUGUCGCUGCUCUGAACGAGACUGCGCCUGUUGUUUCGCUCACUGUUGCUGCGCGUGCUGGCCCCGGCUUCGAGACGACUGAGGGUGUGUCCCACGCCCUCAAGAACUUUGCGUUCAAGUCGACCAACUCGCGCUCGGCUCUCCGCAUCGUCCGUGAGGCCGAGCUGAACGGUGGUGUGCUCUCCGCUUCGCUCAGCAAGGAGCACCUGCUGCUCACUGCCGAGUUCCUCAAGGGUGACGAGGACUACUUUGCAGAGCUCCUCGCCGAGGUCGUCUCGUCGACCAAGUACUGCAAGUACGAGUACAGCGAAGAGGUCAUCCCCUCGAUCGUCGCCGACGUCGAGCAGGCUUCGCAGGACCCCGUCGUGCGCGGUCUCGAGUCGCUCCUCGCUACUGCUUACCGCAACAGCGGUGUGGGUGCUUCGCUGUUUGUGAACCCCGCUGCCCCGGUCUCGGUCGAUGCCGUUAGGUCGUUCGCCGGCCAGGCCCUGAACCGCGCCAACCUCGCUGUGGUCGGUAGCGGCAUGAGCCAGCAGGCGCUCCAGUCGCUCGUCGAGGCUCACUUCUCCGAGGUGCCCGCCGGCGAGGCCCUCAAGCCCACCGAGUCGAAGUACUACGGCGGCGACUUCCGCGCCCCGAUCACCGACUCGCACGGCCACCCCCUUCCCCAGGACCACUUCUUCCUGGCCUUUGAGGGCGCCUCGCGUUCCAAGGGCCCCGAGGUCGCGGUCCUCGAGGCUCUCCUCGGCGGCGAGCCCUCGGUCAAGUGGUCGCACGGCGCCUCGCCCCUCGCUCGCAUCCGCCAGCAGGUUGAGGGUGCGCGCGCCCACUCGUUCAGCGCCUCGUUCCAGAGCACUGGUAUCCUGGGUCUCCACGUCGCCGCGCCCACCGGCAAGGUGACCGACGCCGCGAAGCUCGCCGUCGAGGCCCUCAAGAACGUCGCCUCGGGCGCCCCCGCUGCCGAGGAGCUCUCGCGUGCCAAGGCCAACGCCAAGUUCGCCGCUGCCUCGCAGCUCGAGGGCUCGCGCAUCGCCUCGCACGAGACCGGUGCCGCGCUCCUCCUCGACGGCGCCAAGGUCUCGGUCGAGGAGCAGCUCGCUGCCCUCGAGGGUGUCUCGGCCACGGACGUGUCGACCCUCGCCGAGUCGCUGCUCAAGAGCAAGCCCACGGCCGCUGCUCUCGGUGCCGUGAAGCAGCUCCCAUACGCGGACGAGCUCCUCUAA